AUGGCUUCGUCCCCAGCGCGGCGGCUAUAUUACCUUCUCCUGCUGGUUCUCCUCCUCCUCGCCACGCUCUCCUCGCCGUCCGUCCGCGCUUCCUCGGAGCGCCGCCGCCGCCGCGUGGACGACAAGCCGGCGUUGCCACCCGCCGUGGUCCCAGUCCUAGGGCGCGCGCGGCAGCAGUUCCACGUGGCGCCAACAACGGGGCCGAUCAGGGAACGGAGGAGCAGGGCGCGCGGCGGGGGCGGCACCGGCGCGUGGACGUUCUCGGCGAUGCUGCCCCGGGGGUUCGUGCCGCCAUCGGGCUCGUCCGCGUGCCACAACGACAUGCCGGACACCGCCGCCGACGCCCAGUUCUUCGCCUGUAGCGGCGGCGGGACGCCGUGA